AUGCCGUACUACUCAAGUGCUGCUAUUUCCAGUACCGAAGAGCCCUGGGCGUGCUUAAUGCUCAUCACUAUCCGGCGGAUUACAGACAACCAGUUCGCUGAAUCAGUUCAACGUUCGCUUGAGCAUUCAAUGUUCGGGUCCAGCUUUUGCCUAAGAGCGACCAAUAGGAGCCUCCCAGACAUUAGUGACAGUCGAGGCUCCGAGGCUCUUGGGCAGUCUCGGGUGGGUUCCGGACUGACCCGUCAGAGCCGCUUUGGGACAGUAGCGCAGCAACGAAAGUUUCGACUCGGCCACGAAGAGCUCGCCCCCGAUCCUUCAUGUCCAGCUUGCCAGAGCCCAAUUGAUAGCCCUCCUGUUCUUCAUCGCAUCCUAAAUCGACCCGGCACCAUAUCAAUUUCAUCGGAGACGCUCGAGCACCCUGCUUUUUCCCAACACAACGCCUUCUCCUACCUGCCAUGCAGCUCCGGCCGGGAGCCAUGGUUUUUCGCCAUGCCGUGGUUCGAAGGAUCACGGCUCCGAGCUGCACACAGAGUCGAUGUCCCACAACGAGAUUCCGCAUGGGCCGCGGCCGUGCAAGUUGCUUCCAACGUUGUUGGAAAUGUCGUCAAAAAAGCAGCCAAGGACGGCAUGACUAUCGAUCCAUUGCGAACCGUCGCGAAGGAGAUGCAAUUCCUCACCGGAAACAUUCGUAAGCUACUUGGCUCAGGGCACCCCUCCCUCGACCGGGUAGCCAAGUACUAUACCCAAGCAGAGGGCAAGCAUGUGCGCCCGCUCAUUGUUCUGCUGAUGAGCCGCGCGACAUAUCUUUGCCCCAAGAACCCACAACCUGAAACGGUACAUAGCGCAAGAGCCAUUGACUCGUCGAUAUCUCCUGUUACGAUUCUUGCCGAUGUCAACCCAUCAGCUAUGCCGCUGACUUCGAACGAACCCGAAAUGAAAGAUGGCAACCUAGAUAUUCUCCCCAGCCAGAGGCGUUUGGCCGAAAUUACCGAACUCAUCCAUACUGCAUCUCUCCUCCACGACGAUGUCAUUGACCAUUCAGUGUCAAGGCGUGGCUCCCCGUCAGCCAAUUUAGAGUUUGGCAAUAAGAUGGCAGUUCUAGCUGGCGACUUUCUUCUCGGCCGCGCUUCAGUUGCGCUGGCCAGACUAAGGCACGUCGAAGUAGUGGAGCUGUUGGCCACGGUAAUUGCCAAUCUCGUCGAGGGAGAGUUUAUGCAGCUGAAGAACACGGAACGGGACGAGCGAAGCCCCAAAUAUUCCGAGGAGACGUUGAGCUAUUAUUUGCAAAAGACAUAUCUCAAGACAGCCAGCUUAAUUUCCAAGUCAUGCCGCGCGGCUGCCUUGCUUGGUAAUGCAGACGCGACUACAGUUGACGCAGCUUAUUCGUACGGCCGAAACUUGGGUCUUGCGUUCCAGCUUGUCGACGACAUGCUCGACUAUACUCGAAGCGGGAAGGAUCUGGGGAAGCCCGCGGGCGCAGAUCUGGAACUGGGCUUGGCAACGGCACCGUUGUUAUUUGCGUGGAAGCAGAACCCAGAACUAGGUGCUUUGGUUGGUCGCAAGUUUGAGCGCGAGGGUGACGUGGAGAAGGCCCGCGACCUAGUUUUGAAGAGCGACGGCAUUGAGCAAACCAGAGCGCUGGCGCAGGACUAUUCUGAGAAGGCCAUCGCAGCAAUUGCGGACUUUCCCGAGAGCGAAGCCAAAGACGGCCUGAUUGAGAUGGCGCAAAAAACAAUUAAGCGACAGAAAUAA